UGUAGCAAUAAAGCGAUAUUUCAUUUCAUCUGUUCUUAUCAAAGUGCGCAGGGCUUUGUAAACAAUACCAGAUUUGGGACUGUACUGAAAUACAAGGGUGGAAUAUUUAUGUUUCUAAACACGGACGAGCGAAGAACACUCUCGCCACGUUAUUAUCCGACGUAAUGUUACGGUGUUUAAUUUUUCGCGACUGUCAAUUUUUGUCAGCGGAGCACGCAUGAUGCAUUUUACGUUUGUUUCUGUUUGAAAGGAUAUAAUUCAUCUUAUAUACACCAUGAUGGGCAAGCUAUCGGUUUUAUUUAUAUUUAUCACAGUGACUGUUGCUGUGAGCAGCUCACCUCUCAACCAAGUUCAGAUUGACACCCUCGCUAAUACAAUGAGUAUAAAAGCUAAGAACUUGUACAACUUGAGGGAUAAUGAAAAGACACACACGGUCAGACUAUACGUAAAGAACACCGGAAGUGAAGAUAUUCCUCCCACAGGUUGGCGAUUGUACUUUCACAGCAUGUACUUGAUGUACCCGGAUGUGUUUCCAAAGAACAUGACAGUUGAACUUGAAGUAGAGCAUAUCACUGUUGGCAUGGUACAAGGAGACUUGUACUAUCUCGAGCCAAGCUCAGGGUUUGUCGGGAUACAUCCUGGUGAAGAAAGGGUAUAUGACAUCGUAGCUAAAUUCUGGAUGAUUUCCAGAACGGAUUUUAUGCCCCUCUGGUACGUUGUCUCCACAAAUGGUGGCAUAAAGCCACGUGUAGUGAAAACAAUUGAAAGUCUUGAUUUGGAAUAUGUUGAACCCUAUGAUGACGUCAGGCAGUGGAAAAGAUUUGCUGCAGACAGAUAUAACCCAUUCACAGCACAAAAAAGAUUAGAAAGAUACAAAACUACUGACACAAGAAAGGUAGAGAAAAUUGUUAUACCCACACCCAAACAUGUUGAAAUCAACGAGGAGGUAACUAUAGCUGAAUUGAAUGAGGAAUGGUCAAUCCACGUUGCCGAUUCUAGAUACAAUCAAGUCGGUCUUUACCUCAGCGAUGUGCUACACCUGAAAAAUGUGACAUCAAGCUUACCUUCUAAGAAUGUUAUCAUACUGGAUAUAACAGAUAAUCCAUCCUCUGCCGAGUCAUAUACUUUACGAACAGAUCCUAGAAAUAACAAAAUACAUCUACGAAGCAAAGAUGAGAAGGGAAUAUUCAAUGCAGCAAACUCACUGUGGAGUAUUGUAGACGGUUAUAAAAGAAAGGACAUUCCUGACAUUACAAUAACUGAUGAACCAAGAUUUCAUUACAGGGGACUACAUGUUGACGUGGCACGUAACUUUCAUGGUUUGUCCGACAUUAAAAGAAUCAUGAGAGCGAUGGCAAUGUACAAAAUGAACAAACUGCACCUUCAUUUGUCCGACGACGAAGGUUGGAGACUAGAAAUACCCGGCCUUCCCGAACUUACUGAGGUUGGAGGUCAACGUUGUCAUGACUACAACAAUAGAAAAUGUAUAAUACCCCAAUUUGGUUCUGGCCCUUUUAAUACAUCGUCAGGGUCAGGGUAUUUUACAACAAGCGAAUAUAAAGAACUGCUUCAGUUUGCUAAAGAACGUCAUAUUGAAGUGAUACCAGAAUUUGAUAUGCCAGGUCACAGCCAUGCUGCCAUAUUUUCGAUGGAAGAACGUUAUAGAAAAUACCAUGAUGCAAAUAAUGAAAUCGAGGCAUUGAAAUAUAGACUGAGUGACCCGGAAGAUAUAUCAGAAUACAUUUCUGUACAACAAUGGCUCGAUAAUGCAAUUAAUCCAUGUGUGGAGUCGACUUAUAAGUUCAUAGGAAAGUUGAUGGAUGAAGUUAUCGCCCUUCACAAAGAUAUUCAGCCUCUUGAAAUUUAUCAUUUUGGUGGAGAUGAGGUCGCUAAACAUGCCUGGGAGAAAUCACCAAAAUGUCUAAAAUUUAUUGAUAAAAACCCUACAUAUAAUGUCACAAAAGGUGUAAAGAUAUAUUUUGUGGAAAGAGUAGUCACCCUUGCAGCGGAAAGGAAUGUAAGUUUGGCUGGUUGGGAAGAUGGUUUUGCUGAUGGUGAACAUGAACCAAUAAAACCUGCUGACCUUGACACAGAUACUAAUUAUGCUAUUCCUUGGAACAGCAUUUGGGAAUGGGAAGGUGGUUCACAAUCAUAUAAACUAGCGAAUGCUGGCUUUAAGGUUAUCUUAGCACAGGCAACGAAUAUUUAUUUUGACCACCCACAAGAACCAGAUCCCGAAGAGCGUGGCCUUUAUUGGGCAACAAGGUUCACAGAUACAUACAAAGUUUUAAAGUUCAUACCAGAUUCACUUUAUGAUAACAUCUUCGAGGAGAGAAGUGGAAUAGCAACAACAAAAACUAAAAUAUGUGGUCCAAACUCAGAGAAGUGUGAGCAGUUGGAAAGAAAAGAAAAUAUAAUCGGCAUGGAAGGCACAAUGUUUAGCGAGACCAUACGAACAAGUGAGAACGUAGACUACAUGCUUUUUCCUCGAUUAGUUGCCCUAGCAGAAAGGGCAUGGCACAAGGCAGGGUUUGAGGACGAAUCCAUUUCUUUACCGGAAAGGGAGGAUCGGUUUUCUCGUGAAUGGGAGGAUUUUGCUAAUACUCUUGGAUAUAAAGAACUUCAAAGAUUAGAUAAUCUCGGAAUAAAGUAUAGAGUUCCUCCCCCUGGCGCAAGAGUGAGUGAUGAUGGACAAGUGGAAAUAUCUACAGUUUAUCCUGGACUUAAAGCUCAGUAUAGCUACAACGACGGACACACGUGGUCAAAUGUCUCCGCUGAAAACACUUUUGAAUGGCAGAUUCCGGAAAAUUCAAGUCUUCAUUUACGGACAAUAUCAGCCGACGGUAUGAGGCAUAGCCGGGUAGUAGAAUUAUUUAAGGAUGAACCUCGAGACUGGUCAGAUCAACCACUGAUAGAUUACAUUGCUGACAAUGUUAAAGUGCACGUUGAUGUUAUAAGUAAUCUAGAGAAAACUGAAGAUAAUUAUAUAGCGUUACAGUUAAAGCUGCAAAAUAGCGGAGAUACAGAUAUCCCUAGAGGAACAUGGAAGAUAUACUUCUACAGCCUGUAUGGAGCUAAGGUAGAAUCUUUGUCUUGUGGCUUAAGGCUUGGACAUGAAAACGGUGGCUUGUAUUAUUUAACAGCAGAAGAUAAAGGUUUCUCUGGUAUCGCCGCACGAGAAACUCUAACAUGCCAGUAUCAUAACAGAUACUGGAUGAUUUCACGUUCAGACAAUAUGCCAAACUGGUAUGUAACUUCUCUUGGAAUGACAGCAAAGGUACUCAAAAGCACGGAAAGUGAAAUCAUAGACUAUGUAGGAAAAUUUGAUACUCCUGCAAAAUGGAAACGCGCAAAGAACGACCAAUAUGAUCCGUACUCACCUGCAACAAGAUACGAUCUCUAUAAAUCCUCUGAAAUCCAAACACAACACUACAAAAUAGUACCAACGCCAUUUAAAACAACUAUGACGAAUGACGAGGUGAUUUCAUUUACGUCAACUGAUUGGGAGAUUGUAAAUUCGUCCAGAUUCCCAUCUGAAGUAGAAUAUCUAGCAGACAAGUUGAAUAUGUCCGUUGUAUCCGCUGGUCAAAGCAAAAUAGUAACUUUUGUUCAAGGGAGUCCGAGUGAAAAUGGUCCAGAAGCUUAUGAUUUGGACAUAAACCCGGGGACCAGUAAAAUAACCAUUACUGCAGGCAGUCCUGCAGGGGCUUUCUAUGGUGUUCAAUCAUUAAUAAGUCUUGUUGAAGGUAAUGAUGGUAACCUGGUACAGAUGAACAUAAAAGACAAACCAAGGUUCCAGUAUCGAGGAGUUAUGCCGGACACGUCACGGAAUUUCAAGCAGAAGGAUUGGAUUUUAAAAUUCAUUGAUAUUAUGUCAAUGUAUAAACUAAACAAGCUUCACUUACAUCUGACUGAUGACGAGGGUUGGAGACUUGAAAUACCAUCUAUACCCGAGCUAACACAGAUGGGUAGCAAAAGAUGUCACAGUGAUUAUGACGGUAUUUGCACAAUCCCACAGCUUGGUUCAGGCCCAGAUAAUAAUACACAUGGAUCCGGCUUUUACACUGUCCAGGAUUACAAAGACAUAUUAAAAUACGCCAACGAUAGACACAUACAAGUUAUACCUGAGAUAGAGACGCCAGGACAUGCCACAGCCGCCAUUGUUGCCAUGGAAUAUAGAGAGUCAAAGAUCCUCGAGAUGAAGAAACAUGGAAACAAAAUUGUACCAAAAUCAUACCUGCUCAGUAAACAUACAAACAAAAAUGAAAUUUUCAGUCCGCAAAAGUGGACCAGAAAUGCGAUGGAUCCAUGUUUAAAUACAACAUAUGACUUUGUAGAAACGGUUGUUGAUGAUCUGAUAGAAUUGCACCGAGAUGUUCAGCCUCUCACGGUGAUACAUCUUGGAGGUGACGAGGUCCCAAGUGGUGCAUGGGAUGAUUCGAAAGCUUGCCUUGAUAUGCUUCAUAAAGGGCAGACGAUAAAUACUGAAGAACUGAGAAGGAUGUUUUCUAAACGUGCUGCAGACAUUAUUGCUGCUAAAGGGCUCAAACUGGCAUCAUGGGAUGAUGGUAUCUAUGCCGACAAUAUACCCAAUCCCAUCACUGAUUAUACAUCGGAUGUAUAUGUAUACACAUGGGAUAAUCGUGGGACCAAAGCCAAACGAGUAUCUGAAUUCGCCAAUGCAGGAUACAAGGUUGUUCUCCCAUUAGCCACACAUUUGUAUUUUGAUCACCCCCAAGAACCAGAUCCGGAGGAAAGAGGUCUACAAUGGGCGACAAGAUUUACUGACACUGAAAAAGUCUUUGGUUUGAUGCCAGAUGAUAUAUAUGCCAAUUUUAACGUAGAUCGAUUUGGAAAUAAAGUUGAUUUGAACGAAAUAUGUGAAAAUAAAGAUUGUCCCACUGUGGACGAAACUGAAAAUAUUCUUGGGUUACAAGCCUGUAUGUUCUCAGAAACAAUGCGAACUGAGGAACAAUUUCAUGGCAUGGCUUUCCCAAGAUUACUCGCACUUGCUGAAAGAGCUUGGCACAAGGCAUCAUGGGAAAACAAAACUGACGUUGAUGACAGAAAUGUUGAACGUGAUCAAGAUUGGAAAAUGUUCUCGGAUAAUCUCGGAUACAAAGAGCUUUCUCGUCUGGACAAAUAUUCUACAUUUUAUAGAAUACCACCACCAGGGGCGAGGAUUGACGAUGGAACUCUGAAAGUAAAUACGAAAUAUGCAAAUCUUCUUGUUGAAGUCAGCAAAGAUAAUGGCAAAACGUGGAAUGUUUACAAGGAAGCUAAAAUAGACCCUGGGACAAAGGUUCUUUUGCGCUCAAGGUCAAAGACUUCUGACAUUACCAGCAGACAUAUUGAAGUAUCUACACCAACUGUUUCCGGUGCUGCUCAAUUAUGCCAACAUCUAAGUCUGAUUGUGUUGGUCUUGUACACCUUAUCUCAUCUCUUGACAAAGUGAUCCAUGUUUAUAAAAUGUUAAAUGUUGUUUGUUAUGAAAGUCAGAAUAUAUGUGUAUAUACUCUAAAGAUGUUAUUUAAAACUUGUCACCGUGAUAAAAGAUCACAGUGAUAAAACAUCAUAUUUGCGCUCCAAUGGCAAGAUCAUUGUUACAACUUUAUUUUCAUAAUCGUGUAGUUAACUCUGUUUUAUCGUUACUAUGGUAAUGUUACGAGGGUAAUAUACCCACAUGUUUAAUGUGUUGUUUGUUGGAAUUUCUUAUGUAUUUGUCGUUAUAUAUCCCCUGUACUUUUGUAAAUUUGUUAUAUAUGUACAUGUCCUAUAUCAUAUAUGUCAGCACACGCAUUUGAAAAAAGUUACGCUUACAUUAUAAUUACAACUUUUAUAUUACUUCUAUAUAUGUCAUAUGAUUGUACAGUUUAAUUCAUGUGUUAAACUUUGUUACAAUAAUAGUUUUCUAAUCCAUUUUUAAAGGAUUUUUAUUGACUCUUUGGAGUUGGUAGACUUUUAGGAAUGCUUUAGUGGUGUAAUUGCGGACGAAUCUUGUGACAAUCAAAAUAGUGCCAGCCUGAUAACUUUUCAUAGAAUUGUCUAAAGUGUAGUGUGAAUAGAUUGUGUGCAAAACAGAAUCGCCAUAUUUAAGUUGUAGCUUGCAUGACGGAAUAAAACUUUUAUUCUUUU